UUUUACAGGUAUGCCUAUGACAUCACUCUAAAGGAAGUGAUGCAGAUUCUCACUAAAGUGGUUCUGCAGUUUCCUUUCCAACAGCAAGGAGCUCAAAUCACUGCUGCCCAGUACUCCACUCUACUGCUGCCUUUGUUGAAGAAGUGGUCUCCAGUGUUUAAGAACUAUGUCAAGCGAGCUCAGGAUCACGCACACUGUCUCUCCACUCUGUAUGAAGUGUUCAUGGAGCAUGACAGACACUGGCCUGCUCUUGCAAAGGUGUUGAUGAGUGUGUACCAGUUGGAGAUACUAGAUGAGGACUCCAUUGUGUGCUGCUUCUCUUAGGGAGCUCAGACCGAGAGGAGCAUUACCCUGCGCAAGAACCCCGGGCUGCUGAAGUUCAUCCAGUGGUUGUAGGAGGCUGAGGAGUCUUCAGAGGGAGAUAACUGAACACCAGUCAGAACACCACUGAUCUGUGUGUGUGUGUGUGUGUGUGUGUGUGUGUGUGUGUGUGUGUGUGUGAUGUGUGUGAUGUGUGUGA